AUUUAUCUUGCACUCGCGCCCUGCAUCAGCUUCGUCCUCUCAUCUGACUUCUCUUCUGCAUCUCACCUUGUCUUGCCUUAGCCAUCACCAUGUUUGCUAGAGCUGUUCUGAGGUCCGCGGGACCUAUGCGCCAGAGCAUACGCGGCUAUGCGACCGAAGCUCCCAAGUCAUCUUCCUCGACGCCCUGGAUUGUUGGUGCUGCAGCCAUCGGCGCAGGCGCUGCCGGUUACACUUUUUUGGGAUCGAACAAAACAAGCGCUGAAGCCGCUCCCAAGCCUUCGGAAGAUGCUGCCCAAGCAGCGAAGUCGGUUCCGGCGGCUAAGGCUUUUCUAGGGGGUGACCAAGGGUUUCUCGAUCUCAGACUCGCAGAGGUCAUACCUUACAAUCACAAUACCAAGAAACUGCGAUUCGAAUUACCUGAGAAGGACCAGGUGUCUGGGCUGAACGUUGCCUCGGCCAUCAUCACGAAAUACAAGGGUCCCCAGCAUGAUAAGCCCGUCAUUAGACCCUACACGCCUAUCAACGACGAAGAUGAAAAGGGAUUCGUCGACCUUCUGGUCAAAGUAUAUCCUAAUGGGCCUAUGUCCGAGCAUCUGCACUCCAUGACCCCAGGACAAACGCUCUCUAUGAAAGGUCCCAUCCCCAAGUAUCCGUGGUCAGCCAACAAGCACGAACACAUCACUCUGAUUGCCGGUGGCACUGGUAUCACGCCCAUGUAUCAGCUGAUUCGUGCGAUCUUUAAGAACCCGGAAGAUAAGACCAAGGUUUCGCUGAUUUUCGGCAACGUCAAAGAGGAGGACAUUCUGUUGAAGGAAGAACUCGAGAAGAUUGAGAAUGAGUAUCCUCAACGGUUCCGGGCAUUCUAUACUUUGGACAACGCUCCUGAGAGCUGGCCAUACGGAAAGGGCUUCAUAACCAAGGAACUGCUCAAGGACGUCAUUCCGGACCCGAAGAGCCAAAACAUCAAGGUCUUUGUAUGUGGACCACCGGGUAUGUACAAGGCCAUCAGCGGCGCCAAAGUCAGCCCAACCGAUCAGGGUGAAUUGAGUGGCAUACUCAAGGAGCUCGGAUAUACCAAGGAACAAGUUUACAAGUUCUAGACCACAAUACGCCCAGGUUGGAUGAAGAUGCUACACGAAAAGACUUGUGAGCAAAGGUUUCAUGCAAACGAUAGAGUUGUGUUUUUGACCAACAUAGAGAAGGCAGCGAACAGCUUACAAGUUUUCAUGUCUGUACAAACAAAAACAUGUGGCGGAGGAAUUGGAGAUUUGUACAUAAAUAUAAAAAGUGAGAAUUGAGCAUUGAGAAGCCAAAAUGUCAUAGAAAUAAACAGUUCCAUAACAGCCGAGACUAUACACAUCUUGGGAUAAACAAGAGAUACAGACAAGUCAAGCUUA